GAGUGAAGCCGGCCUGCCCUGCGCCUGCGCGGCCGCGUGCUCAUUACAUGAGCUCCAGCGCGGGUGAGCGAGCUCCUGCCUGGGCUGGACGUGCAGUGGGAGGGUCUCAGGGCAGGCACCACCACGCCACGAGUGCCCAACUCUCCGCGGAGGCCAGUCCUGCAGGGAAACGGGAUGGAGCCUGGGGCGCAGGUGCCGGCACUGAGCCCCUUCCCAGAGACGAGCCCCGCUGUGAGACGGCCGGUCACACACAGCACCCCCGCGGGGCCGGCACUGGGCUUCAGCCCCCCGGCCCCAGGAGGGGCGUCCUGCCUCACUGCGUCCCUUGAGGCCACACUCUCCUCCCAAGAGCUCGUGUCCCACCCAGCAGGGCUCAUCCCUGCGACCACCGCCAGCAGGAGGCAGCUGUCCACCAUCAGGGCAUCCGGUCAGUCUUCGGCUCUCUCGGUCCCUGGGGAGGAACCACACACAUCGGCCCCAGAGCCUCAGCAACAGCAAGGAGUCCCUCAAGCAAGGAGCGGGCUGGGGACCACGGGACUGCCUGGGAUUCCUGACGCAGCCCCGAGGAAGAGACGAGACCCCCAGGCCCGGGCUGCUGCGAUGGAGCGGGUGAGGCAGUGGGAGAUCCGCCUGCUGCUGGACAUCGAGGAGGCCGUGCAGCACGAGCUGGCCGUCCAGGAGGAGUGAGUGCCUGGCCCCAGGCCAGGGCGGGGCCCCACUCGGCUGUGCCCUCCUUGGGCUGGCCCCAGGCCCACGCCCCCUCGCCAGUGAGGUGUGGGAGGUGAGGCAGGGCCCUGCGUGUCGUCCUGUGCUCCAGGACGAGGCUGCUGGCCUGGAUGGAGCCUGGUGCUCACCUCGGGGACAUCGCCGCCGUCACGGCCUGGGUUUCCUUCCCUGAAGACAGACGCAACCCCUGCACGAGGACGGCCAGCUGUCCGGCUCCCGGGGUCCUCUGAGAGGGCAGGGAGCCGGAGCGUGGGCUGCUCUGGGCUCCGUUCCUUCAAACCCUCAGAUCCUCGGGAUUGGGGGGGUGGGGGGGGCUGUUGCAGAGAAGAAACACAAACCCCAGGGCACCGCAGCUGACCGGGCCUGGGACAGACGCUGCGCCCUGGGCUUUGUGCCGAGGGAGGGGCGUACAGGGCCCAGCUGCUGUGCCCAGCGUGGACUUGGAGCUGGGGCCUGGCUCCGUGACGGAAGUGAGGAAGAGGAGACGGCCUCCUGGAGCCCCAGCGUCCACAACACGAGCGUCGCCUCCCGCUUGUUCUUGUGAGGAUCCCAUCGCCCCUGCUCACCGAAAGGGCUGCCAUUUGCUUUCUGCGCAUGAGAGAGUGAGGUUCCAGGCCGGGCUGGCUGCUUCCUGCCACCCCGCUCCGUGUGUCUGCACGUGGGCUGGCUCCUCUAGGGCACAGGGUCAAGGCCAAUGGCAGAGUGGAGUCAUAGCGCAACCCCACGGGAAACCUCAGCCUGGACUGAGAAACAGGCGCCAAGUCCCUCUGCGCAGGUCCCAGCCCAGGAGGCCCUCUCUGGGGAAGCCCCCACCCCCUCCACACGGUGCCAGCCAGGGGCAGUGGCCAGCAAGACCGCGUCCCCAGGGCUGAGCCUCCGGCUGGCGGCUCCAGACACCACAGAUGUCCCUCCAGUGCCCAGGCUGUGCCCGCUGUGUCGUGGGAACCCUCACAGCUCCAAGUUCUCCCUGCACAAACAGGUGUCCAACUAACUGUUCACUUUCUUCUCUUUUGUAACAGUUAUGAAUUGUCGAGUUAUAAAACUGAUGUAUUAAAAUGGUAAAUUUGCUUUUCAAAUGAGAUUUAAAGUAUAAAGAAGCAGAAAAACUGUAAGUGCACAACAGAGGUGCAGCU